UCUGCAUGUUUACACCAUCUCUUGAGAGAAAAUCAAACUACUUUGAUGUUUGAAACUCAUGUGUUGUUAGCUUUAGAAAGCAAAUUUAACAAAAAUCUAAGUCACUUACAAAUUACAAGGAAUUCAUUUUCAACAUGAAAGAGGCUGUCUUAUCAAACUGCGAAAAAUCAUUUGUUCUGCGCGCUAUAGGUGGAGGAAAGCGCUUAGAUGGGCGUCAAAUGGAUGAAAGCAGAGAAAUACGGAUUUACUUUGGAACAGAUUGGGGCUGCUGUCAGGUUUCUUUGGGUGAAACAAAAGUAUUAGCUCAGGUUUCAUGUGAGGUGCAGCAACCCAAGGCAACUCGUCCUAAUGAAGGCCUGCUGUUCGUGAACGUAGAGCUAAGCCCCAUGGGAGCACCACAUUUUGAAGUAGGUCGACAGUCAGAGUUGGCUGUGCAGCUCAAUCGUCUUCUAGAGAAGUGUAUAAAAGAUUCCUCUUGUGUUGAUCUUGAGUCUUUAUGCAUUGUGGCUGAAGAAAAGGUGUGGGCACUACGGGUUGAUAUAAAUGUGUUAAAUCAUGAGGGCAAUCUUGUGGACGCAGCUUCAGCCGCUGCCUUAACUGCCCUUUCUCAUUUCCGCUGCCCAGAUGUUACAAUAAAAGGAGAAGAGACCAUCAUCCAUGAUCCACUAGAAAAGGAUCCGAUACCUUUAAGUCUCCGCCAUUAUCCUGUGUGUGUGUCAUAUGCAAUUUUCAACAAAGGGGAACUAUGUGGUCUUCAUUUGGGUGGAAGUGCACUGACAAGCUAUGACAUAAUCGUACAGUGUGCCAACAGAGCAGCUAAAAGAGCUGCUGAAGUAGUACAGAUGAUAAAAUCAGCUUUAGAAGAAGAUACUAAUACGAGAGCUGUUGGGAAAUCUGUGGAUUUUGCAGAGUGCAUUCGAGACAGUGAAGUCUUGGCAUUAUCCCGCAAGCAACUUAGUUUGCAGUUGAAUACUUCUAGGCUGAGAGAAGAGGCUUCAAAUUUAGUUCAAAAGAGUAACAAGCGCAUCAUCUAUGAUGAAAAAGGAGUUCAGAUGGAGAGCACGCAAGAUGUUCAUGAUAUGACUGAAGACAGUGAAGAAGAUGAAGUGUCUGUAAUUCCUCUUGGUAGAGGUUCAGCGGAACUCCUUCCAAAACAUAAGCAGCUGAAGGAGAAAUUGAUACCAGCUGGAGUCAGAGUAGGAGAAGGAGGUCCAGACAAGUGGAUAAACACAGAGGAUGAUGAUGUUAAGAUAGUUACAGAGGAUCAAGAACAAGAAAGUGCAGAAGAUUCUGAUGAAAACAUGUCAAGCUCAUCAGAUGUGGAAGUAAUAAAGGAAAUCAAAUUUGAUAGGAGCAAGCUAGUUGACAGCAUUGAACUGAGUGGAGACAGUGAAGAAGAAGAAACAGUGAUGUUGAAUGCAGCAGAUGUGAACCUGGGUAGAAACAGUACUGAAGGCAGUGGGACAUCAAAGAGAAAAUCAAAGAAAACUGUUAGAAAUUGGUACCCAGUGAAACAAUGGUGAAAGUGUAUUUGUAUUAUGAAAUUAUUUUUUUGUCUCAUUUAUUAAUUUUAUGCAAAAUUGCUUAGAAAUGUAAUGUAAGUAAAACAUUUCAUGUCUUGUACAAUAUGACAGUCAUCUGUGGAAUGUUUUUAUUUUUUAAUGUAAUAAUAAAACCAUUUUUAUAGUAAA